AUGGUGAAAAAGGCCAGUAACGAAGUUCCUGUAUCACCAAUAUAUUUUAAUGUGGCCGAAUAUUGUUUGUUCGGCAUUAUUUUAGGUGUGAUUAUAGGUAUUAUUGUGUAUUACAAUGUGAUCAAUAAGAAAUAUAAAACGGUGGCCGGGUUUUUGUUUGGCGGGAAAAAUAUGUCAGUUAUAUCUAUCUGUCUUGCCCUCACCUCGAGCCAUUUGACGAGUAUAACACUGCUAGGAGUACCGGUGGAAAUAUAUCUUAGAGGAACACAAUACUGGGCAUCAGCAUUAUCGCUUGUGAUUGUCACCUUUCUAACGGCAGUUAUCUAUUUACCCGUGUUUCACAAGCUGCAAUUAUCAUCAAGUUUCGAAUAUUUAGAAAUUAGAUUCUCAACACAUACAAGGACGAUAGCUGCUGUUUUAUUUGUUCUCAGCAAGCUUAUGUUACUGCCUAUAGUUCCUUAUGUGCCUCUCAUGGCAUUUAGAUUGGUUACGAACCCAUUAGCAGCUCGUAUUACAGCAGUUUUGUGCGUCGCCUGUUCAACUUUCUGUGCUAUCGGUGGUUUAAGAGCAAUAGUCGCUCUUGGAAUUGUCACAACUUUCCUUGCGCUAGCUGGAACUGCUCUACCUAGUGGUUUAGCACUAUUGCCCAUGGGAUUUAAAAGAAUGUGGGAUAUUGCCGACUUGGGAGGGAGAUUAGUGUUAUAUGAUCCAGAUCCCGAACUGGCUCACCAUACAUCCUUCUUUGCAGUAACACUGGCAUUAAGCACAAAUUGGCUUUGGAAGACAGCUUUAAGCCAGUCAACGCUUCAGAAGCUUCUUGCUGUACCUACGAUAAGAGAAGCAAGAUUAUGUUUGAGUGUGUCGUGUGUUGGAGUGAUACUCAUGAAGUUGCUCUCAUGUUUUCUUGGUUUGGCACUCUAUGCUUGGUUCGCUGGCUGUGAUCCUUUGCUGACUGGGCAAAUUAAAAAACACGAACAACUUGUGCCACAUUUUCUGAACAGCCUGGCUUCAAUGUUUCCAGGUAUUUGUGGCAUCUUUAUCAUGUCAAUAUUUAGUGCGACAACUGGAUGUAUUGCAUCACUAAUUAAUUCGAUAGCUGGAGUGCUGUUUGAAGAGUUUAUCAGACCUUGGAUGCCCCAGAGUGCUAGAGAGUCGGACUGUUGUAAAAUUAUGAAGUUACUCUGCGUGUUAGUGGGUAUAUACUGUGGACUGGUGCUGUGGUUCGCUAAAGAAUUGGAUCGCUUACAGCACGUUGCUUCAGGUGUAACUGGAGUCACAGCUGGUACACUGCUUGGACUAUUUACAUUGGGCAUUGUAUUCUCCAGAGCUAAUUGUUCUGGUGCUUUAAGUGGGUGUUUACUGAGUCUCAUUCUGUGCGGGUGGCUGCUCAUUGGCGCAGAAAAUGCAUUAGCCACAGGAGCGUUGACCUUUCAGGGCAAACCAUUGGCAAUAUCAGGCUGUGGCAAGCCUAAUUUCAUGCCUGCGUUGGUUAACGUAACAAAAAUUCUUCCUAAUGCCGCAAAUCAGUUACCAACGAAACGUCUGCAAUCUUUAUUCCGGAUUUCUUUCACAUACUGUCCAUUUGCAGGGGCCGUUUCAGUACUAAUCAUAGGCGUUCUUAUGAGUUACCUUACAGGAAAAUCGAAAUCAGACUCCAUGAACCCUGAUGUAUUUUGCCCUCUGACUCAAAGUAUUCUGCACAAAUCUCAGUUGCGGAGUCCAACGGCCUCUUUCGAAGUAAGACCACCGAAUACUCCAGAGGUCUACCUCGCUUUGGAUGAAGCAUUGAAACAUUUAAAAGAAAUUAUAGAUCGAUGA